GCUCCACCGUUGCCAUAGAUACACUCGCUAUCCGCUAGCACAACGCAGCCAAGUUUGCGAAGGUGGCCAAAUUGUCAACACUUCUGAAGCAGGCAUUGGAGCGGGUCUGUUGUGAGCGAUGGAGGGAUGCAUGGUCCGUCUCCACAGUGUCCACUUCAGGGGUGCUUUGAGUGCUCAGCCCAUCAUAGUCAACUUCCACGAACUCUUCCAAACCAGAGAUGCUCCUACAAUUCUGCCUAUGAUAAAGAAUGAGGAUGUUCUGCGGGCUGUGGUGGCUCUAUUGGACACGUCCUUGCCUGGAAUUGGCCCCAGAGAUGUGCAUGAAACAGUACACUACCCUGGGAUACAUACUAUUAUUUUGUCACAAGACCAUGCAGAUGUUUUAAAGGACUAUAGAGGAAGAGCUUCCCAAAAGGAGACAAAUUUGAGCCCAGUACCCUGUAAAACAAGAGUGGAAGCUGAUUCCACACACAAGCUGCUGGCUGAGCUGUACAGCGACUCUGAAGAGAGUGCAGAGGAAACCUCAGAGGAGAUAAUAGCAACGGAGACAAGUAUCAGUUGGUCUUGGGAGCGAUUCUGUGAAGGCCUCCAGGAAUUUGUAGACGGAGCGAGGGAUAGGAAAGAAAAAAGAGCAGUACAACGAGAAGACAGAAAGAUUCCCCCAUCCGCCGUAGGAGUUGAAUCUCUGAUCGUGGCUGCUGCUUGCUACGAACUCAAGAUACUGUCUACAGGAGACAUGGUGCUUCAGCUGUCUCUUUUAGCUGUUAGAAAACGUUACCGGCACCUUGGGAUUGGCAGCCACAUAAUGGAGCUUUUGAAGACUCAGUCUAUAGUGGGGAAAUAUGAUACACUUGUUGCCCACGCUGACACUGAUGCAAUAGGUUUCUUCAAAUUCCACGGGCUCACCGAUGACCCUCUGCUCAAUGACCAGUUCAAAGAGCUGAAAGAUGAUUGGACUAACAGUAUUCUCAUGAGCUACCUGCCACCCUUUACUACAGACCUAGAAAUGAGAAAUCCCGUUUUCUCCCUGAGUUUACGAGAGGUGGAGAUGGACAUGGAUGUGGCAAGGUCGCAGGCUCUCUUUGCAUAUCAGCAACAGGUAAUGUGUGUGACGAGACUACUCGAAGAGGUCAAGAUCUUACGCAAACAGCUAGAUCUACAACGUGAGGAAGUGGACCGCCUCAACUCCAAGCUGGAACAAGAAAAACGAAAGCGCCAUGAUAUAGAAAACAAGUUCUUGAUGUACAGGCUGAAGAACUCAAAAGAACUUCUAGACAAUAUUGCCUCAGACUCAGAUGAUCAGGGACUAACUGAACAGGAGCAGGCAAAACCAGGAACACAAGAGCAAGAAACAGCACAGUCUGAAGAACCUCCCAUCCAAACACCAGAGGGUGCUGGAGUUUAAAUAUUUGUACCUUUUACUGCAGACUUAAAGAAGUCAAACGUUAAUUGUUUG